UCUCGUAGCGGUCAAGGCUUCGCGGCGAACGCCCGUGCUUCUUUAUAAAAAAAAUUACUUCAAGAAAAAGCGCGCGCGCUUGUCAAAAAAAUCGACGUACAUUGAACGUAAAAACAUUUUUUCUCAAAUUCUUUUAUUAAUAUAACUUUUGCUAAUUAUCGGUUUUUUAGUACAAAUAACUGUUGUCUAUGUGUCGGUGGAUAAUGAGUUCGUUAUUGUGAGAAUAUACAUCUUGGACUCUAAUAUUACAGAUAAUUCUCCAGUCUACAAAACAAUGCAACAUUCAUAGCAUUGGGAUAAUCUGCAAGCAUACACAUUCAAAAUGGGCCCACCUCUGAACACGUGGCCUUACAGCCAUCCCAGAAUCAAAAGAGAACAGAACAAUGAAGAAGACAGUAAAGUGCUACCCAGUGACAGUUAUAUUUACGCGAAAUGUUCAAUAUUAAGCAUUGUUAACAAUUUUCGUGUGAUAUGUUUAAAUUUUACAGUUGCUUUAAUAUUUUUUCAAGUGUUUUUAAAUUUGAACUCUGUUGCCGCGGGUCCGGUGAUACUUAAUUUGGAUUAUUUACAAGGUCCAGUGCCACUAGCUAGAAAUAUAAGACACUUGCCAUGCAUAUCAAGAAGAUCGGCGCAAGAAGGUUUAUGCAUGUUUGCCAUAGAUUGCCUUAAAGCAAACGGUACUCACCUAGGAACCUGUAUUGACCGUUUCUAUUUCGGUUCAUGUUGCCAAAUGCCCGAUAAAAGUAUAGUUCCACAAAUAGUUGAAAGUAUCGAUGAUAAUUCAAUUGACAGUGCAAACUUCGUUCACCCACAAUUGGAAAUUCAUGGUAUAAGCAACAAAGUAACUAGUGUAGCGACAAAGAAACCAUCUACAGAAAAGGUUAUUGAAUUUACAACAGAGUCUCGUGUAACAGAAAGUUCACAAGAUAGAACAGAUCCUGAUGUAUUGGAAACCAAAUCCGAUGAAAUAACAACUCUCGAUAACAAAAUCGAAAAUGAGGAUAAUAAAUUACUUACAACAUCCGUAGAUAUAGCUCAAAAACAAACUACAAAGGUUAUACCAACUGCUAUCCCAAUUACAGAAGCACCAAUAAAACUUUCCACUUUCCAAACAGUAUCUAGUAAUAUUGUGAAUUUGGAAACAGACAAAGUGAAAAAUGAUGAAAUUGAAAGUACUACGGUAACACCACAUACUACUACUAAAGCAACUGUAACAACUACUAAGGGGAGCACUAAACCCAUACCAUCUAGGAAACCGAUAAAACCUCCAUUCAAGCCGAGACCUACGAUUCGACCAUUAACUAAUUUCACAAGACCACAAUUUAGUCCAAGUAGUAAACCAAGACCAACAAAACCUAUAUCAGUAUAUAAUGCAACAAGAAAACCUCCAUAUAAAACCCCACCAAAAAGGCACUCUACCAAAAAACCUUUACCUUCGCCACCAAGAUUAAAUAUUACAAUAAUUCCUCAAUCAUCUAGCGUAAGGCCGCUCUUUACAAGACCUUCAUCGCCUAUCAUCACCAUCAUUAAUUCUACUAACUCUAAAACAGAAGACGUUCCAACAACUACCACUACAACUACUAUGACCACUACGACAACUACUACUACAACUUUAAGCCCUACAACAUUAACUACAACCACAACAUUAGCACCAACGGAACGUCUAACUGAAGCACCUGAGACAACAAUUUAUGUUUCACCAACUACUGAAAUUAUCACAGAAAAACCUACAACUCAGCCUGUAGUUGUGUCUGAAGUAACCCAGGAAAGUUUACCGCUGGAACAAGAUAAAGAAGAAGCAGUAACCGUAGAACCAACAACUGAAAAAGAAUUUAAUCCAAUAACUGAAACUACUUUAUCGACAACAGCAUCCAAUUCUUUGUCAUCAACUGAAUUCCCUCCAUUCGUUACCUGGUCCAGUAAUGUCGAUACUGCAACAAAAGCACCAGAUGUAACGACUACGUCCACGGAUGAAGUAUGGUCACCAAUUACUCCACCCGAAGGCUGGGUUUUGAUAUCAACUUUGGAACCGAAACCUGAUACACCAGUCGUUAGUUCUACAACAACCACUUCUACUACUCCAAUAACAACUACAACUACUACCACAACAACUCCUACCACAACCACCACGACUUCUACCACCACUACGACACCUACUACCACUACAACUUCCUCCACAACCACAUCACCUAUUACUACUACGACGACGCCCGCCACAACUACAACGCCUACUACAACAACAACAACAACCACAACUGAAGCACCGACAACAAUUGUAGAAACAUCACCAACUCAACUUUCAUCAGAAGCAACACCGCCUAUAGCUGUCACAACAACAGAGAAAUCAACAUCUUACAUACCACCAACUUCUUCAUUACCGUCAACAACACAAACUGCCAUUCCAACAACCACAAGCUUACCGACUUCAGAAUCACCACCAACAUCUGUGUUGACCGAAGCACCUUUACUGGAAUUCACGGUUAAUGUAACUUUGUCGCCGACUAUGCCGACAUCAACGCCGAGUUUGACGUCAGAAAAUGUUACAACAGUCUCAAACUUUAAUAUCACUGACACAACUACACUUGGAGUAUAUGAAAAUGAAACAACAACAAUAUAUCCAAAUGCAUCAUCACAGACUACAAUUAGUCCUGAAACUAUCAAUAUGUCUGAUUAUAAAGACGUGUGCGGUCGGCGACUUUGGCCACAGGGGCGUAUCGUCGGUGGCACCAAGUCUAGCUUCGGCCAGUGGCCGUGGCAGAUCUCACUGCGUCAGUACAGGACCUCUACAUACCUCCACAAGUGCGGUGCUGCACUCUUGAAUGAAAAUUGGGCCAUCACAGCCGCGCAUUGCGUUGAACAUGUACCACCAUCAGAGCUGCUCGUGCGACUAGGGGAGCAUGACUUAGCGACAGAGGACGAGCCGUACGGAUUCGCGGAGCGCCGCGUACAGAUCGUGGCUAGCCAUCCGCACUUCGACCGAAAUACAUUUGAAUACGAUCUUGCGUUGUUAAGGUUCUACGAGCCAGUGACAUUCCAGCCGAAUAUCUUGCCAGUGUGUGUGCCUGACAACGACGAUGACUACGUUGGCAAGACUGCUUACGUCACUGGCUGGGGAAGACUCUAUGACGAGGGUCCCCUGCCGACUGUACUACAAGAAGUGCAAGUGCCAGUGAUAAACAACUCUGCGUGCGAGGCGAUGUACCAGGCGGCCGGGUACACGGAGCACAUACCUAACAUCUUCAUAUGCGCCGGCUGGAAGUCGGGCGGAGCUGACAGUUGCGAAGGUGACAGCGGGGGUCCGAUGGUGGUGCAGCGCGAGCGGGACGCGCGCUUCGUGCUGGGAGGCGUCAUCUCGUGGGGCAUCGGCUGCGCGGAACCAAACCAGCCCGGCGUGUACACGCGCAUCUCCGCCUUUCGAGACUGGAUAAACCAGAUAUUGCAGUUUUAGUCCGGUUCCUCUUCAUGUUGCUUCUUGUUUUGAACACGUAAAAGCAACAAUCCACAAAAUGCGUUGCACUACUGCUAUUUACAACUUUUUAGUUUGAUUGUAUAAUUGAUUCCGUGUAUGGCAACUCUUACGGUAGUUACAGAAUAUUUCUUUCUACAUACACACUUGCAUACUAAGAGCGUAAUAUUGGAAAUAAAGCAUUUAUGAAAACAUACCUCUUAGUAAAUUUUCAAACUUAUGUCAAUCAACUUUGCUAUUAUUCCAGUUUUAUGCUCAAAUAAUAAUCACAGUUAGAAACUUUUCUUACAAUCUUAAGCAUAGGGUAAAUCUAAUGUAAUUGAAUAAUUGCUCAUAAAACAAAUACAAAUAGAAAACCAUAUUUAAAACAUUUUGAAUGUCAAUAAGGAGUUUAUGUUUAAGCAAAUUGCGU